CUGAAACUUGGUCUUCUUCUUUUUUUGUCACAAAUUUGGUCUUAUUUGCAAGCAGAAAGGUAUUCGUGCCUAGCACAUGAGCAAUGCAAGGCUAGUACAGCUAAUAAUUUAAAAGUGUAUAUAUGUUAAUGAACGAUCAUCAGAGCAUAUCUAGGCCUAUAAACAUUUAAGAAAACUAUGAUUUGUUGUAAAAUGGUUUGAUAUGUUUUGAUCUCAAUGUCAACAUGACUUUUAUGCCAUACACAAUAAUGUAGCUACAGUAUUAUGCGAAAGUUUUUUGUUAACUAAUAUUAUGUUAAAUUUCUUUUUACCUUUUUGUUAUAACAGAACAAAAAGAUCAAGUAACAUGCAAUAUCAAAAGAUAUGGUUAUUUGCUUUUCGCUAUAUAUAAUAAGAUAAGUACAGAAACAAACUUUUACUGUUAUAAUGUUCUUUUUUUUUUUUUUGCCAUCUAUAAUAUUAUUUAUCAAAAGGUUUGCAAACAUAAGAACCAACAAACUAAAGGGCACCCAAACCGAAAACAAACAAACCCAACUUUAAAACUAAAAGAGGCCCAAACAAUGGCCCAUCCAACCCAAACCAAAACAAGACUCGACAGCCCUGCUACGUAUCGAAACCACUGUGACACCGAAAACACGUGUCGGAGCCUCCCAUCGCCUUCACCGCUUGGGACAACCCGCCGGACGUUCACCGGAACCGACGCAUCUGAACCACGAUCAAUGAAACCACACCGGUUUCAACCAAACUCCAUCAUCUUCCUCGCUUGAUUCAACGUCUUGGGAGAGCAUCAUCGGACAAUCGAGAUCUUAUCUCAAGACUGCAAGCCACCAAACCACCCACAAAUCGACUCAUCUCCUCGACCGGACCUUGCGGGCCGUAUAACGCCAUGCAAACCCGAUCUAAGGCAGAACCACACAGAUCUACGAAAUCACCAGAGACUAAAACGUCUACCAUCAAUCCUCUAUGACCGACAUACAACAUGCGACAUCAAUAUCAGAUCGAGAGGCAGAGUAUCGGAUGAAGCACAAAUUCGUAGAUCGACGAAAUCGGGAUUAACCCAAGGACAAAGCCGACAAUAGCGGGACUGAAAAAGCCACCGCUUCCCGGAAACGUAAGCCGGCGAAGUAGAAGCUGGAAGCCUCCCCUUCCCAGAGACAAAGCGGACGAACACCACCGUAGAUUAGGUGUCUCCGAGACCAAAACAGAAGCGAUACCCACUGUUCGGAAGGGAACCACCGCGACUCUCUGUCUCUCAGAGAGAGAGAGGAGAGAGAGUAUCCCCUCUUCGUUUUUACUGUUAUAAUGUUCUAAUAAUGUAUUAUAUUAAAGUCUUUUAAAUUUUAAAAGAAAAUAUACAGCUCAGAAUCUGUUAACAUCAUGAUCCGUCGAUUGCUGUUUUUUUCUUACAGUUAAAACUAUUGUUUUAUCUUCAUUUGUUUUCUUUGGCUGGAAAAAUUUAACCUCUAACCAUAAACACUUAUAAUCUGCCAACAAUCAGAAACUAAAUCAACUUCUUUUCUAUAUAAAUUGCGAAUGAAAUUCAAAAUAAUCAUAAUCAAAAACAAAAGAAACAUACAUAAACAAAAUGGGAAGAUCUAUCUAUUUGUGUAUCUUCUUAUUAUUCAUUACUUGGAUUCCAAUUCUAUCCACAAGCUUUCCGCUCUCCACAAAAACUCGAUGGAUCGUGGACGAGAAAGGCCAAAGGGUUAAGCUAGCUUGUGUGAACUGGCCGGCUCAUCUCCAGCCCGCUGUGGCUGAAGGGCUAAGCAAACAACCAUUAGACUCCAUCUCCAAGAAAAUUGUCUCAAUGGGAUUUAACUGUGUUAGACUCACUUGGCCUCUUGAUUUGAUGACUAAUGACACAUUGGCUCGUAAAAUCACGGUCAAGCAGUCUUUUGAAAGCUUGAACUUGUUUGAUGAUGCUCUUGGGAUUCAAAUUCACAAUCCCAAAAUCCUUAAUCUUCCCAUAUUCAAUGCAUUCCAGGAAGUGGUAUCGAACCUUGGACAAAACGGAUUGAUGGUGAUACUAGACAACCACUUGACAUAUCCAGGCUGGUGUUGCAGCGACAACGACCUCGACGCUUUCUUCGGCUACCCUAACUUUGAUCCCGUCAUUUGGGCCAAGGGCUUGGGCAAGAUGGCUACUCUUUUCCGCAAUGUCACUAAUGUCAUUGGCAUGAGCCUAAGGAACGAGCCACGUGGUACUAGAGAUUACCCCGACCUAUGGUUUAGGUUCAUGCCAAAAGGAGCAGAAGCAGUGCACGCCGCAAACCCUGAAGUACUAGUUAUCCUCUCCGGCAUAGACUUCGACACAAACCUCUCUUUCCUCCGUGACCGCUUCUUCAACGUCAGCUUCACCGAUAAACUCGUCUUCGAGCAGCAUUGGUACAGCUUCUCCCACGAGGGAGGCGCGUGGGUAAAACACAACUCCAACGAUAUUUGCGCCAAAAUCAUCGGGGAAGUCAAUCAUAAUGGAGGAUUCUUGCUCGACAGAGGCUUUCCUUUGAUUUUGAGUGAGUUUGGGACCGACGAGAGAGGCGUUGACGUCAGCGGAAACCGGUAUAUGAAUUGUUUGGUGGCUUGGGCCGCUGAGAAGGAUUUGGAUUGGGCGGUUUGGGCAUUAACCGGAGAUUAUUAUUUGAGAACCGGUACAAAACACAUGGUUGAGACUUAUGGCGUUUUGGAUGCUACUUGGAAAAACGUCAGAAACUCUACUUACUUGCAGAAACUCUCCGGAAUUCAACAUCCAUUUAGAGGUCAGAUUCUUUUUUUUUUAAUAAGAUAUAAAACUAUACAAAAAAAUUUAGGAUUCAAUCUUCUAACAUAUAUAUAUAUAUGUGCAGGACCCGGUUUACAAGAGAAAAAGCUUCUUUUGCACCCACAUACUGGCCUAUGUGUCACCAAUAACCACUCAGCCAAUGUACCCACACUUCGACUUGAACUAUGCACUAAAUCCGAGCCAUCAACCUUUAAUCCCAAGGAAGGCAUUCUCUGGAUCAAUAAAAUGUGCGUUGAAACUCCAAAUGUUGCUGGACAAAAGGUGAAGCUUGGAGUUGGCACUAAGUGCUCUAAGUUGGGACAAAUCUCAGCUACUAAGAUGCAUUUGUCGUUUAAGACAAGUAAUGGCUUGUUACUAUGUCUUGACGUGGAUGAACGUGACAACAGCAUUGUCGCUAACCCUUGCAAGUGUUUGACUAAGGAUGCUUCGUGUGACCCAGCGAGCCAGUGGUUCAAAGUUCUUUAAAUUCUAUAUAUUUUAUUCUGAUAAAAUGUAUUUGUAAUAAUUUUACGGUCAAACAUGUUAAUCAUUAAAAAUUAAUAAAAAAAAUUGUGAUUGGACAGAAAUCAUAAGAGCAUCAUUAUCCCUAAAUUAAUUUUUAAUAGUUUUUAAAGUGUAAAAGUGAGUUAAGAAACUUAAAAAGAGAUUUGAAUAUUUAAAUGGUUUAUUGCAAGUAUUUUAAUUAUGGGUUCUUAAAAAAAGAUUCAUCACCAUCCAUGGGUAAGUCUAGCUCUGUUGCCCAUUCAGUCUACGAUCCAUCAUACACUGGAACCUUAGUUUUCCCCAGCCGGUGAAGCCCCUAGCAGAGCAAGCCACCAAGUCAGUUCUCAUCUGCACCGUUUAUAUUGGUUAUUACCAGAGUCAGGAUGCAAGCUGUUACGCCAGUGCCACACGAGGCCAUUAUAGGCUUGUCCUGUGAUGUUUAUAGAACUUCCAGUCAAUUAAAGAAAAUAAGGAUGCGUCUAACAAUAACCAAAUUUCACAAAGUUUAAGUGACAAAGAUUUCAGUUUAUUAAUACUACAAGAGAAGGUGUUGCGAGUAAAAGGAGACAACAUCAUCACACAAAAUGAAAUAAGUUUCUUCAGGUUAAAAACUUAAAAUG